CUCUCUCUACUGCACUGCACCUGCAGCAUUAGUAAUCUCUGUAAGUCUCUCUAGUUGCUGUCCAUUGCAAUCAAUACUACUUUCUGGUAAACCCAUUCCAUCUUCUUUGCCUCUUCUCUUUUCUGUUAUAUACUGCUCCUCCUCGUCAUCUAAUUCUCUGAUUUCUCUCUCAAUAAAAAAGAAAAAAUCAUGGAAGAAACUGAAAAAGCUAAAACCAACAAGAACAGCUACAGUAAUUCUAAAACUAGAUAUUGCAGAGGAAGGUCUACUAACCUCAAUCAUCAACAUCAUCAACAACAGCAGCAGCAACAUUCGUAUCAUAAUGGUUUCUUUUAUCAUAAUAACAAUCCAUAUCAAACAUACCCACCUCUUCUUCCUUUACCUACACCACCUCCAUUACUACAUCUUCAAUUUCCUCCUGCAACUCCUCUUCUUCCUCACAACUAUAAUAAUAACAAUAACUACAGGUCUAAACCCACCCAUGUUCAGAAAUCUUAUUCAUGGAAGCAGCAAAUGAAUCAUCUUUCUCCUCCUCCUCCUCUUGCAUCUUCCUCUGUUACCCAAUCACCUCCAUUGUUAACUGUUUCACAAGCUUCAGAAGCCUUCCAAAAGAAAUUGAGUUUGCACACUAGACAGAAUGAUGAUGUAAUGCCUAUCAGUAUGACUGUUACAUCAACAGUGGUAGCAAAAAGACCAGAUUCUGGUGGACAAGAUGGGGCAGUAAUACCCUUUGCUUGCAAAUCAUUUCCUAGCUGA